UGGCGCUGAAGAGAUAAGCCGCCAUUAUAGCAAAACAAGAAGAGCGCAGCAUUUCUGUUGGUGGAGCAAGCAGCUAGCUAAACUCGUCACGAAGAAUGGCAACAUCCAAGAAGGGAAAGAAAGUAGUAAAUCAGGAAGAACUCCGGCGGUUAAUGAGGGAGAAACAAAGACAGAACACAGAAAAGAAGCGUGUGGAAUCUCCCUUCGCUAAAUACAACAGUUUGGGUCACCUCAGCUGUGUGUUGUGCGCUGUGCAGGUCAAGUCUGAACUGCUGUGGCCAGCUCAUAUUCUGGGAAAACAGCAUAAAGACAAAGUUGCAGAGCUGAAAGAAGCAAAGAGUCAAUCAGUUGUACCACAGAGUCAGCCGGUAAAAAGGAAAACGCCGGACAGCGAGGAAGUUGUUGGGAAAAAGGCCAAACCAGCAGGUCAGUCUGAGUCAGGGUUGCCUGGAGACUUCUUUGAGAAACCCACCGAAAAAUCGGCUGCUACUGAACAGAAAUCUGCAGGACUGAGCCUCUUAGCAGGAGUUUAUGACGAGGACGACGAUGAAGACGCUGGUGGGACCAGUCUCCCAGCUCAGUCAGUUACAGAACUGCCAGCUGAUUUCUUUGACAGCUCUAUCCCAUCCACGCCUGCCAUUUCCCACUCAGGAUCUAUCCUCAAAGCAGAUAUCCCGGAGAAGAGCGCUGAAAAGAAAGACAACACAGCCGAGGCGCUACCCGAGGGUUUCUUCGACGACCCGGUCAGGGACGCCAAGGUCCGAAACGUCGACGCCCCCAAGGAUCAGAUGGACAAGGAGUGGGAAGAGUUUCAGAAAGAGAUCCGACAGGUGAACACAAAGUCUGAGGCCAUCGUGGCGGAGGAUGACGAAGAGGGACGCCUUGAGCGUCAGAUCGACGAGAUUGAUGAACAGAUCGAGUGUUACAAGAGGGUGGAACUGCUGAGGGACAAGCGGGAUGUGCUGAAAAGUAAGCAUGGGCCCAGAAAGGAUGAAGAAAUGGAGACUGAGGAAAACAAUGAAGAGGAGGGGGAAGAGGAUGAAGAGGAGUUGCUGGGGCUUUUGUCCCAGGACUGGAGGGCUAAAGGGGCUCUGGCCUAGAGUUGUGUUUUGUCAAAAUUGUUGAUACAUCAACAAGCUGCAUGUACAUAGUUUUGCUAAGUCUCGAUCUUUUGUAAAUUUCAUGCUAUAUACGUCAGUAAAACUUGCCACACAAAGUCAA